GACUACGGGGUUUGCAACGUUUAGUAGAAGGAAGCCGCGCCCUUCAAGAAGAGAUUGAGUGUGUCUUGUAAACAUUUUAUUUGUUACCUUUUUGAAUACUUGUUUGUACGGACCAGAUGUGCUCCGUGAAUGUGUGAGAGGUGGCAUUAGUAGUGAAUAUCAAUGCAUUUUGUAAGUAUUAGCUAAGGAUUAGGCGAGAAUCCGAGUGCUGGAGCUGAAGGCGUAACACCUGACUCACACUUCGCACCGCACCAAACUGCAGGAUACUCUGCCAAGCAGCGACUGCCUAGCCGUGUGUGGUGGGACUAGCAAGUAUGAAUGAGUUAGAAAGCCUUAGGCAAGAAGCAGAAACCCUAAAAAAUACCAUCAGAGAUGCACGUAAGGCGGCGUGUGACACGAGCCUGGUGCAGGCCACCAGCAAUAUGGAGGCAAUCGGACGUAUACAGAUGCGCACCCGCAAGACUCUGCGGGGGCAUCUCGCCAAGAUCUACGCCAUGCACUGGGGAUCAGACUCAAGUAGGAACUUGGUUUCGGCCUCUCAGGAUGGCAAGUUAAUCGUGUGGGACAGCUACACGACCAACAAAGUGCAUGCCAUUCCUCUGCGCUCCAGCUGGGUCAUGACCUGUGCCUACGCCCCAUCCGGCAGCUACGUCGCAUGUGGCGGUCUCGACAACAUCUGCUCCAUAUACAGUUUAAAAACGAGAGAAGGAAAUGUCCGCGUUAGUCGGGAGUUGCCUGGACACACUGGAUACUUGAGCUGCUGUAGAUUCCUCGACGAUAACCAGAUAGUCACAAGUUCAGGAGAUAUGUCUUGCGCACUCUGGGAUAUUGAGACUGGCCAGCAGUGCACAUCCUUCAUUGGACACACGGGAGACGUGAUGUCUCUGUCGCUUUCCCCCGACAUGCGCACAUUUGUCUCAGGUGCUUGCGACGCUUCGGCAAAGCUUUGGGACAUCAGAGAAGGAAUGUGCAAGCAGACUUUCCCUGGCCAUGAGUCAGAUAUCAAUGCUGUUACAUUCUUUCCAAAUGGUUUUGCAUUUGCAACUGGUUCUGAUGACGCUACUUGUCGAUUGUUCGACAUCCGAGCUGAUCAAGAAUUAGCCAUGUAUUCACAUGAUAAUAUUAUCUGCGGUAUCACAUCAGUCGCGUUCAGCAAGUCUGGUAGACUGCUGUUAGCGGGCUAUGAUGAUUUUAACUGCAACGUCUGGGACUCAAUGAAAACUGAGAGAGCAGGUAUCUUAGCAGGCCAUGACAACCGCGUUAGCUGCCUAGGUGUAACCGAGGAUGGAAUGGCAGUAGCUACCGGCUCUUGGGAUAGCUUCUUACGAAUCUGGAAUUAAGGAAAUCAACGUUAAUUAUUAACGCGAAGUUAAAUUAAGAUCCCCCGUUUUGAAUUUCCCCCACCGCUGCCACAUUUUUCGAGCAUUAAACAACAAGAAACAACAAGAAACUACAACAACAAUCAUCUCCGACACCUGCGUCCCUCUUUGAGAUCUGCUGCUCCGAUCAUCUUGUGUAGACGAGACAAGAGAAACAGUUUGCCGUUGCGUUGCAGCGCCCGCCUGCUCGCCACCUUUGCUUCUUCUCUUGACACCGCGCGCUGCUCGGAGGAGGACACGAAGGAACAAGUGGCGAGACAGACAGCAGCAGAAAAUUUAACUUGUGCCAGAAGGGAGAAGUCAAAGUCAAAAGUACAUUUAAUGAAAAUACACUAACACAAACACACACACACGCGCAACACAAACACACACACACAACACACACACGCAAAACCUUCCUCGCUCUAAAAAUUGCUAAACAAAUUAGGGGCUUAAUUUUAUUCGAGCGGCCAAAUGUUGUUCUUGCGUUUAUUCAAGUCGUUUUUAACGCUACUCCUAGUCAAAUUGAACGCCCAGAGCAGACGACGCUUCAGUUGGAACGGUCGAUGUGUUCACCUUUUGCAAAAUUUGCGCGCGCGGGAGUAGCCUCUUUUCCAUUCCCACUGCCUCAAUUAGAUGCAAAAAGGGGGGACAAGUUAUAAAACCACAAAACCGUUUCCAGUCUUGAAAAUCGUAUUGGGACCACGCCACGGGUUCUUGCAAAAAAAAUAAUAAUCUCAUUUUUAAUAAGAGCAGUGGGCGUUGAAUAAUCACAAAAUCACACACACACACACAAAUAUUCCAACUGCUGCCCUUGGGAAAAGAAAAAGAAAUCAUUUUUACACCUUGCAUCACCACACUGGACACACAGACACACUCACACCGAGAUAGGAAGUAAGCUUUUGUGAGCAGCAUUUUCUUCAAGAACGGACUCGAAAGUGUAUCUAACCGCGCGAGAGGGCGAGAGGAAAAAGAAGCAACCUAAAAGAGCGAGGAGGAUAGAAUUAACAUACAGAUUCAAAUAACUAUUGUGAAGAUAAAAAACUGAUUCGUUUGCUUUGUUGUGGAUCUUGGCGGAGUAAUUCUGACGAAUGAAAGCGAGAACUUUUUGCUACUAUAUCCGUAAAUCUCAUCGGUGUGGUGAGUGAUUUCGAGCGCGCACGCACGAAAACCAAGCAACCAACUCGACCUGCACUCGGGCCGCGCGCACACGGCGCCCUCGCAGCAGCAGCAAAAGUUUUCGCUGUCGACGACGGUGGUGGUUUUUUUUUAUAAUAAAAAAUCCGAUUCAAACGAAUGAAAAAAUAAUUAUGGUGUUAGUAGCAGCAGCAGCGAGAUGAGUAAACGUGACUUUUAAGAAGCAAGAAGAGCGAGUAUGUGCGACAAGCAAGCAAGCGAGAAUACAUCAACAUCAACACUAGCAGACAAAAUGAAUGAAUAUACACUUUUAUGAAUUGUUACGAUUGCUUUGCAGUGACACCCGUUUCCGUAAAACGAAAAAAAGAACAACUGUACGACACAACACACACGAACACACACGAUUUUCAUUGGCAUUGUAUCAAUACGUAUUAAGAACCGCGGAGAAUGCGCGCGCAUUUGGAUUUUGAGCAAAAAAUGCAGAUGAAGUAAUUAUUAAAGCAUUAAAAAUUUUAAUAAUAUUAGAUGUUAAAAAAGGAUGAGGAUGAGCAUAAGGAGAAUUAAUUAAACAAAAAAGAAAGAAACACGAUUAUUACUUUGGAGUAAGAAAAAGAGACCCACGAAAAAACAAACACAAGAAACACUUUAUAUUAGGUACUCUGCUUUCGAUGAGUCAGUCAGUAUAAGUGAGUGAGAGCAAAUCCUUGAUUAAACAAACAUUAGAUUGUGCAAGUAAGACAGACAAAGUGUGACGACGGUGCAACAACUGCAGAACUGUGUAACAAAUGUAGUGGAACUGACAUCUCUCUCUUGUGCAUGUGCAGUAUUUGUCAAGCAAGCAACACUAAUUAAUUAACGGUUGAUUGAUUGGUUGGUUGGUUCGUACGGAUUCACGGCAUUUGGUUUUGCAUGUGAACAAAACAAACGAGUAGAGCGCGCACACGACACACACACUGUAUUAUUAUGUAAAAGAGGGAAGAAAAUCUAACACUUUGACUUCAAAAUAGGCUUACCAGUUAGUCAGUAUAAAAAAGAGAGUAUGCGAGAAGAAGUCAACCCCGACAUUUCCUACGUAAAAAACAACACACCAUCCGCACACACGCAAACAAACUCAAAAGUCCCGUCUUUGUUGCUUACCGAGCGAGCGAGCGUGCUUUUCUUUCCGUAAAAAUUUAGGAAUCGCAAUUUUUCUUCUACUCUGUGCGAAUGAGAUUCGAGAGACGCAUUUUUUCGUUAGUCGGCGUGCGAGUGAUGAGGGAACAAGAAUUAUGAAAUAAAUAAAUAGUCAGAAACGCGCUUAUGUUAUUAUCGAAACGUAACAGUUAUACAAACUCUCUCCUGCCUGCUUGUUGGAAAAGAAGAACGUACAAUUUGUUCAGCACUAACCGUAGCACAAAAUUAUUUUCUCGCUCCAAUUAGUUGUUCUUUUACACAUCUGUCCAAAGUGCAUUUAUUAUCGAGUAUGUAUCUAUUUACAAAUUUACAUUAACUAACUUCAUUCCACGCACAAAUAUUGUAAAAUUCUGUUCUGUAAAAAAGUUGGCCGGAUUUUUUUAAUUUUUUUUUGUCGUCCCCUGUAUAUUACGCUGAGAUAGUGUGAGAGUGCUGUUGUUUUUUCUCUUGUGUACAUUAUGUAUUUGUGAACUUGUUGAUGAUGAUUACUUUUUGUUCCGCCAUACGCACUGCGAAACAGAGAACGAAGUUUGUUUAAUCGUACUAGCCCCCCGUACUCUUUAUUAUUUUACCCUCGCGAGCAUUAUCACCGUGCCUCUGUUGAGUUCUGCAUGAAUGGAAUUCAUUGUUAAAUUAUGUCUCCUAUAUAUAAUCAAAUACACUGUAAACCUUA